AUGGAAGAAGUUGGACAAGAGCCAUGGAAGGAUAUGUACAAUACAUUGGAAAUACCAAAAUUAGAAGUUACGAAACAGAACAUUGAAUAUCUUAAUUCAGACCUUGAAAAGGAUCUGCAAAGAAUGGAUGAGGCAAAUCAAGUUCUUCUGAAAAAAAUUCAAGAGAAAGAAGAAAUUAUUCAAAGCCUGGAAAGAGAGCUCACUCUGCCACUCAGACAUGAGGCAGAGGAGGAGUUGCUGAACAACAUCAUAACCGAGAAAGAGGAAGCCCUGAGGGAUGUGGAAUUGGAGACAGCAAAGCUGGAAAAUAAUAACAAGAUUCUAAGCAAGAAGGUGCUGGAGCUUCAGAAGAAGAUUUCAAAAAGAUUUAAGAAGGUUGGCCUUAAUAAAGAAACCCUAAGGCAGAUGCUGACAGAAUUAAAGGAGAGACUACAAAAAACAACAGAACUCUGUGAAAAACAAGAGGAGAAACUGAUCAAGACAGAAAGCUACUAUCAGUUUGUUCAUCAGCUCUGUGAAGACCAGGCCCACUACAUAAAGAAAUACCAGGAAAUUCUAAGAGAGAUGGAAAAGGAAAAGGAGAUGAUGCUUCUUGAAAAAGAAGUAUUCAAAGCCCAAAAUAACUCCUCUCAAAUUGUGAAACCUGGAUCAAUUUUGGUGGAGACCAUUCAAAGCAACAUGGAGAAGACCAUCAUUAAGAAACAGAGGAGGAUCUUUUGGUUCAGGCAAUUUCAAUGUAUAGUGUUCGUGGUCCUGAUCUUCAUUAAACUGCUCAGCUGUGUGUUUUUCCAUCUACAUUAUAUAAACCCAGAUCUUCUCGUGGACAUUUUACCCACCGUUAUGAGCAGAAGCACCUUGAACAGGCUCAGAGACUUCCUUUUCCCAUUCCUUACUCUGGAAGUGGAGGAAAUUCUGCCACAUUAG